AUGCCAAAUUUUGCAAUAAGCCCUCUGAUUGAUCAAUCAACAGGCCAACAUCCUUCCAACAGGGCCAAAACCCACCCCAACAUUCCUUCACAUUUUAUUGCUGUGAUCGGCGACGGCCACGCUGUGCCGGCCUACGGAGACGGUGAAACGAUCAAACUCCCACUCAGCAUGUCGUUUUCCCGGUUUUCUAGAGGAACCCAUUUCUUUUCUUGCAGCAAAGCCCUUCUUCAUCAAGCCCCCCUUUUAUCCAGGCACCCGCUUAAUGCUGUGGGUUCAAACUCAAAGUACAAUUCUUUCGGCAAUAUACGCGUCCGCACAUUUGGAUUUGACUCCCGGGGUUUCAUGUCCAAUAGAGGAUAUAAAUUGAGGAAUUGUAAUCUGCAAGAAAUAUAUUCCAUCAAUUUUGGCCGGCAAUAUUCUACUCAUGCUGCCACAGAAGUGAAAUCCAAGAAGAUGCUCUUAUACUUGACUGGAUUAGUAUUUGCUAUGGUGGGGUGUAGCUAUGCUGCAGUCCCUUUAUACAGGAGAUUUUGUCAAGCUACUGGCUAUGGGGGUACUGUACAACGUCGGGAGAGUGUUGAAGAUAAGAUUGCUCGUCACACAAAGGACGGAACUGUCACAUCCAGGGAGAUUGUUGUGCAGUUCAAUGCUGAUGUAGCCGAUGGUAUGCCCUGGAAGUUUAUUCCGACACAGAGAGAGGUAAGGGUUAAGCCAGGGGAGAGUGCCCUUGCAUUUUACACUGCUGAAAAUAAAAGUGCAACUCCAAUAACUGGUGUAUCUACGUAUAAUGUAACUCCUAUGAAGGCCGCUGUUUAUUUUAACAAGAUACAGUGUUUUUGCUUUGAGGAGCAAAGGCUUCUCCCUGGGGAACAGAUUGAUAUGCCGGUAUUCUUUUACAUCGACCCAGAAUUCGAAACGGAUCCAAAGAUGGACGGUAUCAACAACUUGAUUUUGUCAUACACAUUUUUUAAGGUUUCUGAAGAGAAUUAAUGUCAGCUUCUUGUCUUUGAACUCAGAUCAGUUGCCAUCACCAAUUGUUGUUUGUUUCUCUUGGGAAAGAAAGAGCCAAUAGACAAUAUUUUGAAAGUAGACUUUUCUGUAGAUUUUAGUUUUUUAGUAGAUGGCGGUUGGCAAAAAUUAAGAAUAAGAAAGAAAAACAGCUAUUGCUUUUUCUUAUGAGCUAGAUGUUUUUUCAGUCUCAGUUGGCCAUGUAACGUUUUUUAACUAAUAAUCUUGACCGAUUUUGAUUAAGAAAACAAAUAGGAAAACAAAUAAUCUUGAUCGAUUUUGAUUAAGCUACAAAAUAAUAACCAUG